CGGCGCUUGCUCCUGUGCCUGCCACCAGCACUGCUGCUGCUGCUCGCGCUCAGCCCCAUCCCCGUCAAGGGCGAGACCAGCCUGGAGGACAACGAGGCGCCCAGUGCGGACGAGGUGCUGCAGAGCCUGCGCGACUUGGGCAAGGAUGGUGCCGACGCAGGCCAGCGUGAGCGGCCGCUGCCCCUGGUCAGCGCGCACCCCAGCCGCGCCAGGGUCUACGUCACGCGGUCCGUGGCCACCGAGCAGUUCCCAGAGGUGGACGCCCGCGGCUUCCACGAGUCCGUGUUCGACAUCCUGCCCGACUACUACGCCAUGUGGAAGCGCACCGGCCGCGAGUACUCGCCGCACCACCGCAAGAGGGAGGCCCAGCACUCGCAGCAGGGGCUGACGGCCAGGGGCUUCCACGACGACGUGUUCGGCCAGGACUUCGGGGACUUCAGCACCGUCAAGCGCGGCCGGGACAGGCGUGACGUGAGCGCCGCCUCGCGCCAGAAGCGCAGCACCGCGGCGGCCGAGAAGGACGUCAAGGACAAGAAGGAAGACAAGAACGCCGCCAGCAGUGACGCCGAGGAGCGGCGGACCCCGGACAAGCGACCCACCGGCGCGGCUGGCCUGCACGGAGACACCUUCUCGGGGGGCUUCGGGGACUUCGGCACCAUGAAGCGCGUCCCCGAGGCCCUCAACGGCGAUGCCUUCGACAGCAGCCUGGCCGACUUCGAGACCAUGAAGCGCGCGCCGGGCAAGAUGGGCUUCCACGGCGACACCUUCAGCGGCGACUUCGGCAGCUUCAACACCAUGAAGAGGAGGCUGCUGUCCACGCGCGGCUACCCCUGGGACACCAACCAGGACUUCAGCUCGAUGAAGCGCCGCACGGAGGGCUUCCACGGUGACCUCUUCGACAACAGCUUCGGCAACUUCAACACCAUGAAGAAGAGGCCGACGGGCGGCUCGGGCCUGCACUCGGACACCUUCUCCAACGGCUUCGGGGACUUCACCACCAUGAAGCGCACUCCGGCCGGUGCCGGGCUGGAGGGGGACACGUUCAGUGGCGGCUUUGGGGACUUCAACACCAUGAAGAGGGCUUCUGGCGGUGCCAUGGGCUUCCAUGGAGACACAUUCUCCAACGGGUUCGGUAACUUCAACACCAUGAAGCGAGCACCCAGCGGCUCGCUUGGACUCCACGGAGACACUUUCAGUAAUGGCUUUGGGGACUUCAACACGAUGAAGAGGGCUUCUGGUGCCAUGGGCUUCCAUGGUGAUACCUUUUCCAACGGGUUCGGUAACUUCAACACCAUGAAGCGAGCACCCAGCGGCUCGCUUGGACUGCACGGAGAUACUUUCAGCAGUGGCUUUGGGGACUUCAACACCAUGAAGAGGGCCCCUGGUGGAGCGUUGGGCCUCCACGGAGACACAUUCAGCGGCGGUUUUGGAGACUUCAACACCAUGAAGCGAGCGCCCAGUGGAUCGCUUGGACUGCACGGAGACACAUUCAGCAGCGGCUUUGGGGACUUCAACACCAUGAAGAGGGCUCCCGGAGGAGCCUUGGGUUUCCACGGUGACACGUUCACGGACGGCUUCGGCAACUUCGGCACUAUGAAGCGCGCUGCUGGCGCCGCUGGCCUGCACGGCGACACCUUCUCGGGGGGCUUCGGGGACUUCAACACCAUGAAGCGCGCGCCCAGCGGAUCCCUGGGCCUCCACGGCGACACUUUCAGCGGCGGCUUUGGCGACUUCAACACCAUGAAGAGGGCUCCUGGUGGAGCGUUGGGCCUCCACGGCGACACGUUCAGCGGUGGCUUCGGUGACUUCAACACCAUGAAGCGGGCAGGUGCCAUGGGCUUCCACGGCGACACGUUCACCAACGGCUUCGGCGACUUCAACACCAUGAAGCGCAAGCGCAGCCCCUCGCCGGGCGACUUCCACCGCAGCGGCUUGGCCGACGACGAGGGAGACUUCAACACCCUGAAGCGCGGCGCCGGCGGGGCGGCCGGCCUCCACGGCGACACGUUCUCGGGGGGCUUCGGGGACUUCGGCACGAUGAAGCGCAGCGCGGGCCGCCACGGGCCCAGCUCGCACGGCCCGCACAGCGACAUCUUCAGCUCGGGCUUCGGGGACUUCAACACCAUGAAGCGCGGCGGCAACGCGACCGCCGUGGCGCAGCGCAGCGCGCACCAGCCCGUCCGCACUGUCAAGGUGAAGCGCUCCAACAUCGCCGAGAUCCUGGUGCCGGGCUACCACGUCCAGGGCGAGAAGCCGCCGUCGCAGCAGGACGAGAACAAGAACAAGAAGCGCCGCAACGCGUCCACCGACAUCAGCGGCGACACCCUCAACAGCCCGUUCGGCGACUUCCACACCAUGCGCCGGCGGCAAGCCUAGGCCCCGGCCGGCCAGG